AUGUCGAUGUCGAUGCUUCCCAACGUGAACGCUACAGCAGGUGCUGAGGUGGACGGCGCCCUCUUUAUCGAAGUAGCCCAGCGAUGGCCUGUCGCCGCCACUGCCCUGUUUGCAUGUGCUGUGGCAUAUUUGCUCCAAACAGUCUUGAAGAGUGAUCCAUGGGCAGAUAUUCCUAUGGUAGGCACAGAGUUUGGAGGAUCCGAAGCCCGGCGAAAGCAGUUCAUGAAUGGCGAGGCCAGGAACCUCUACCUAAGAGGAUACAGAAAGAGAGAGCUUUCCGGAUCACCACCGCAAGGAGUAAGCUCCAGCCUCUCAAUAGCGAAGAUCACCUGUACUAAGUCACCAGAAUCGCCAAAUAUUGUCGUCGCCCCGAAGUUCAUGAACGAGCUGAAGAGGCUUCCUGAUGACGUUCUCAGCUUCAACCGGGCCAUCGAAGAGUCAAUGCACGCGAAGUACACAGGUAUAGACACCGACAUCGCGUUGUUGCCCCACACCGUCAAGACUGCUUUGACACCAGCUCUGGUCCGACUCAACCCGAUCAUCGCCGACGAAGUCGUCGAAGCUCUGCGAACAGAGCUCCCCCAAUCAUGCGACUGGAACGAGGUCAAGAUCAUGGACAAGAUGAUGCGAGUCAUCGCCAUGGCCUCAGGGCGCGUCUUUAUCGGACCCGAGCUCUGCCGAAACGAAGAAUACCUAGACGCCGCGAUCAACUAUACCCUCGAUCUGAUGAAGGCCGUUAGAAAGGUUGCUGAUAUUGCUCCGUGGCUGCGCCCCUUCUUGGCAGCAAGAACGUCGGAAGUCAAGCAGGUUCACCACCGGAUUGAGGAGGCGGACAAGUUCCUGAGACCUGUGGUGACCGCAAGGAAGGAGGCCGAGAAAAGCCCCGACUACCAAAAGCCGGACGAUAUGCUGCAAUGGAUCAUGGAGUCGCAGAAGAAGUUUGGUGAGAAGAAUGAUAGAGAGCUUGCUAGGUACCAGCUGGGUAUCAGCUUCGCUGCUAUCCACACUACAACUGUCACCACGACCAAUGCUCUCUACACCCUGGCUGCUAUGCCUGAGCUGAUUCCAAUGCUCCGGGACGACAUCCAGCAAGCCUUGGCCGAGAGCAACGGUGUCUUCACCAGCGGCGCUAUGCAGAACAUGAAGAAGCUGGAUAGCUUCCUCAAGGAGACGAUGAGAUACUAUGCACUUGGUCCCACAUCAUUCCAGCGCAAGGUCUUGAAGACGUUUGCUCUAUCGAACGGCCAGGUCAUUCCUGGCGGAUCCGUAAUCGAGUUGCCUGUAAUUGGCAUCAACAACGACGAUGAGAUCUUCCCGGACUCCGAGAAGUUUGACGCCUUGAGAUUUUACAAGCUUCGACAAGCCAAGACGGAACAGGAAACCGGCUCGAAACAGGCCGAGGUUGUGGCAAAUGCCCAGUUCGUCAGCGUGGGGCAGACCAGUUUGACCUUUGGUUACGGUCGUCACGCAUGCCCAGGCCGCUUCUUCGCUGUAAACGAGAUCAAGAUGAUCAUGGCGACGACGCUGGCCAACUACGACAUUAAGAACGUAGGAGACAGCAAGGAGCGAUACAAGAACUUGGAAUUCGGCGCAAUAACUCAACCGGACCCCAACAGGAAGGUUCUGCUGAGGAAGCUUUAG